AAGGAACAGAUCUCUUUCGGACGAUGUACAGUUUAUACAGAGCUUGGUUCGGCGACAGCGUUAACGCGGACAAUUACUCGCGAAUUCAGGAGACUCUGUCACCGCCAGACACGGUGGUCAGGGUUGGCAAUGAAGGAGAACAUCAGUUCAUCGCUCAUAAAGGGGUUCUAGCCGCGCAUAGUGGUUAUUUGAAAGCACUGUUAACUAAUGCUACUAAUACACCUAGCACCGUUGCUAGCUCCUGUUCGAAUUUACCAGCGACCGCCAUCGCGGUCACCGCCACCAAUCUUUCGGAACAAUCUAUGCGACAACCGGUCACCUCUGUGUCCGUUUCGUCCAUUGGGGGAGAAGCAUUCGCACCAUUACUGAACUACAUGUACACAGGCCGAUUGGAAGUGACCUUAGACAACGUGUACAGUGUAUUGCUAGCGACCCAUUUAUUGCACAUGCCAGGAGCGUUGGAACAAUGUCGAGCAGCAUUGCUCAGACUGAGGGCUCCACCGCCUCUACCGACGCCGAUGUUGGUGCCAACAGGGCCUACAUCGACGUUGACAUCGACGUCCAUGUCGACGUCGACAGGCUCUGGGAACAUAUUAAGGCCGAUACCUAACAGACUGAUGAUAGAUCCUAGCAUGUGCUGGCCACCAGCUACACCGUUGUAUCCGCCAACCGCACCCGCACCCGCGGGCAUACCGCAUAUGCCUCAAUUACAACCAUCAGUACUGAUGCAAUCAACUGUUCCCAUCACGGUGGUGCCCACAUCCAGUGUGCAAGAAACACAAAGCUAUAGGGAAGUACCAUCGCCAAAGUCCUCUCUGUUCCAAAUGGAGCGGAACCGUGGAUUGAGGAUGGACAACCGAGCAAAAUCCCCGGAAACUACAACGUCUACCUCCCUGCCACUCGUGGCAGCAGCCGCAGCUGCGUUCACCGCGUUCACCACAUCGAACGCGGCUACUUCUACAAGGACAUCGUCACCGUCGCAGUCAAUCUCACCAACGCUGUCCUCGGAGUCUCAAUCCCCGCUGCCGGUUUGCCAGAGCAAGACGUCGGAGCAGAGGCAAAUUAAAGAGGAGACCGAGUAUGAACAGAGGAAUUCGAAUGGGGGACAGACGCAAACUCGGUCAUCGCCGGUCACUUCUGUGGAGGAGACGAGUUCCACUCGAGACAGAAGCGUGGAAUCUGGUGAAAACGAUCGGCAAAGAUCGUCCAGAAGAAGAGGACGAGGAUCGACCAGCAGAAACGAUGGUACCUCCAGUGGAGUGCUGUCGGUCGUCUACGACGUCGCCUGCUGCGACGGUCCAGUGAAAUUCCAUCGCGUGUUAAACAAAAAUUACUCGUCAUCGGGAUCUAAUCCCGCGCUACAACCUCGUUUACAGAGAUCCUGCUUCGAACCGGAAAACGUUUCCACGGAGAACGACGAGAACGGUGGACCUGCAGAGGUCAGACCUUGCGACCCAAUUAGAUCCGACAUCGAUACCGCGAACACUAGCGGAAGCUACACUUGUGGAUACUGCAGACACACCUUCAAGUCCCAGUAUUGUUAUAGGAAACACACGAAGAGACACUUGUUACCCACCAGGGUGAACGAAACCGUGGUCAACAGACCCAGGCAAGACACUGCGCGUAGCAGAAGGGAAGUGAGGCUGCUUGAUUUGAACGUUCAGUACUAUCCCUGCAAGAUCUGUGGCUGUAAGUUUCCUAGCUACUAUUUCGUACACAAACAUCGGAAGUUGUGUCAUGCGAACGCGGAGGAGAGGCCUCAAGAGGAAGCCAGCACUGCUGCGGAGGAUUUGGCGUCGACCACCUCCAGCAACGAGAGACAGUGAAAGAAGUGGUUUUUGAAGAUGAAGAGAUCCAUAGGAAUGUUUAAAGUGAUCAAAAUCCUGCUUAAUACACCUUUGGAUUAGAACAAGAAUCUUCUUGACAACGGGAAAAAAAUUAAAGAUUCAUUAAAUAGUUUAAUCAAUGAAUUACUUGGAAAUUAUGAAG